AUGCAUAACCCGCUGCUAUCUGACCCGGCGGCGUCUUCCGGUCCUUGGCCACAGGUGGGCUUAGGGCAAGAUCCCGCCAUCUACCCGAUCGUAGUGUGCUGCAUGCACCGCGACGACGCGGAGGCCAUCGACGCUCUCAACGCGACGGUCUUUUAUCAAACCGCGGCUCAUGACGUCCAUCUUGCCGUGUGGCGUGUACAAGAAGCCAACAUAUCGCUGCGCGGCGAGCGGAUCUACAGUGUCCGUGCCGCGCUAGAAGGCAGACAUACCGGUGUUUUCAUUGGGGUCACUUGGGCUCACAUCGGCUUUCAAAUCGGAGAGGGCGAACGGCACAUCAAGCAAUACUCAUGCCGGUACAAGCGAUUCGACAAGAAGGGUCUGUCCGUGGCCAGCGCCAUCGCGUAUAUGGUUAUGAAAACCGGGCACAACUUCCCCCUCGACAUCGACCUCGACUUGCCCAUCAUCCCAGCCCCGCUCCGCCUCGUCCCAGCUCCCGCUCUGCUCUGUACUCCCGUACGCCGCGCGCCUCCCCACAGCACUCCGGCGACCCCGAGCAGAAGUUCCGUCCAGUGGGCAACUCCUGCCCUGUCGCGCGGGAAGCAGCGCGAGCAAGCGCUGCCCCCUUCCGGCGACGCGCUCGCACAUGCCUUUCAACAGGGUACGAGCCUACAGGACCGCGUGGUCCCAUGCGCGCCCCGGACUGAGGAUGUCGAGGGCUCAGGUGUGCUCGCCGCCGCUAUCCGGCUGCUAUUCAUUCCCCCUGAGCAAGCCGCCGCGGACGCCCAUCCCUUCGCAGUUGACCUCGGGUCAAGGGCGAAGCCCAUCCUCAAGGAGCUUAACCCGGACGACUCAGAACUUAUGUACCUUUUGCAGGUCUUCGCGGGUGCAGCUUCGCGGAAGGAGUUCGCUUACGACGCGUCCAAGCACCCUCGCUGGGAUGGCGCGAGUCUAGAGCGUCUAUAUGAUGCUAUCUUCUCCCAGAUCCCCCACUCCCACACCUCGCUUCUUUUCCCGCCCUCCCUCCGCUUCUCAUCGCGCGCUCCUGUCAUGGCACGCGCCCGAGCAGACGCCCCCGCGCUCAACGGCCAUGAUGGUAUCAAGAAGUUACCUCAAUCCACGCGCAAGCUGUCUUAUGCGGAGAAGAAGGCACUGCGUGAGAAGUCGAAGGUCUACAAGCAGACGCUCAACAACAGGCUCGACGCCAUCCGGGAUGAGGUAUGGGACCACGCUGUAUCGCUCCACGAAGACCUGGGCAAGCACAGCGCGGCGUGGUACUACCGCCUCAUCCUCCACCAGAGCAACAUCCGUUUCAAGGAGCCACGCGCCCUCUCACUGUGGAAUGCGUUCGUCAGCCAAGAGCUUUGCGCCCACAACCAAGACCUGAACACCAAUGACCGUGUGUCGUCUGGGUUCAUCAAGACCCUCGCCGAGCGCUGGGCCACCCAGGAAACGGUAAAACGGGGGCUUAUGCGCAAGUCCCCUGCCCCUGUCCCCGACGUCCCCGAGGGCCCGGCCCAGCCUCCCCUGCGCUCUCCCGGACCACGUGAGCGGCUUCCCGUGCCGCGCUCCCUGAUGGCCGCCCCCACUGGCGUCUCCCCUCGCGCCGCCCGUCCGUGA